CUUAUGAUGAUAUCUCGGGGGUGGAAUUCUAGCAAAAAGGGGAGGCUUUUUAAAGUGUUGCAAAGUUCUUAUUAUAUGGUCGUGUUGAAAGCCUCGUAACCGCUAUCAGGGACAUUAAAUGGAUAAAUACAAGCGCUCGGCGCCCGCGGACGAAGAUCCUAAUGAAGGAAGUCGUGUUAAAAGGAAAUCGUUUGUUUUGUUGGUGGCCGCUGCUUUAAAGAAGGAAGAUUGAUGCGAGAUGGUUACUACUCGGAAACGCACGAUGUCAUAACCAGCGAUGGCUAUAUAUUGGAAAUCAACAGAAUUCCCAACUCUCGUUACAAGAAAGGACCUAUUAAACCAAAAUCUAAACCCGUAGUCUUCUUAAUGCACGGAUUACAGGCUUCAGCUAUAUCCUAUAUCUUUGCGGGGCCCAAUAUCAGCUUAGCUUAUCAACUCGCCGAUGCCGGCUACGACGUAUGGAUGGGCAACUCACGAGGCACCGUCAACUCUCGCCGUCACAUCAGACUUAACCCUGACGACCGCAGAGACAAAAAGGAAUUCUUCGACUACACCUUCGAAGAUAUCGCAGUAAAGGAUCUUCCUACAAUGAUCGACUACGUUCUUGAAGUGACUAAACAGCCACAGCUCAACUACGUCGGCCAUUCGCAAGGUGGAACCAACUUCCUCGUUCUCAACUCUCUCCUGCCGGAAUAUAACAGGAAGUUUAAAUCUGCACAUUUGUUAGCGGGAGUGGGCUACCAAAGACAUUUCCCUAACAUAGUUCUCGGUGGAGCCGCCAUAACUACUGACCUUAUACACGCUUUUGCAGUACAAAUAGGAAUGAUAGAAAUCUUUGGGCCCAGCGCGAACGCAGAAGUACACUGCGAUGAAAGCAACAAGCUAUCGGUAGAAUGUACCCUUGAACAGGUUAAAGAUACUAUGCUACAAAUAUUCGGCGAUUUUGACAUCAUAGCCGGAGCAUCAAUCAAGCAAUACGCGCACUACGGACAAAACAUCAGAGACAGAUCCUUCAGAAGGUGGAAUUAUUAUCCUAUGAGGAACUUAAUGGUAUACGGCAGCGUGGCCCCACCAAGAUAUGACUUGAGUUUGAUAACCGCAGAUGUCACUAUGCAUUAUACUGUUGGUGAUGUGUUAUUACAUGAACGCGAUGUUUUAAGUAUGGCCGCAGAUAUGCCCAACGCCAAAGUCCGCAGAGUAGCUCGCUCCGAUUUCUCUCAUACUGAUUUUGUAUCUGCUGCCGACGCUAGAGAACAAGUACUAGAUUAUGUUGUUAAAAGGAUUAACGAAGAAAAUAAGAAAAAAUAGGCAAUCGCAUCUAUCAGAAAGGAUAUGAUAUUCGACAUACGGGUCGCGACAAUAGUAUUUUUGUAAAGCAUUAAUUAGUUACCUCACAGUAAAGAAUGUAUUAAACAGAUUAAUUCCGAUUUGUAAGUACAUGAUAAUAUUAAAACUUUCCAUAGGAUUUAUCACAAAAAUUGGACGCAAUUGUGU